AUGUAUCCCCCAGAGCUCCCCUCCAAGCUUGUCACCGUCCCCUGGUCCGAGGCUCUCAAUGUCGAGGCCAACCCACGCAGAUGCGACUCAUCUCCAGGCCCAUUCUCUCUAACCGUCCCUCACGCUAUCAUCCGAAACACCCAUCUCUACAACCAGCUCCUAUAUGCUGAAGAGCUCGACAACCGAUCCCUCAGGGACGUCAUCAGUCCUCUCUGUGAAGAGAUCGCGCGCUAUCAGAAGCAAGACAACAAUGAGAUGUACGGCCUCUCCAAGACCAUCGUCAUCAAGUAUGGCGAGACUUCUCUCCGCGUCAUCCGUCGUAUGUGGGACCUCAACCUGGUCUAUAACUCUCGCCCUGAGAUCCCGGGCGACAUUCCUCUUGUCUUCGCUCAGGGCACUUGGUCUGGUACUCUCCGCGACACGGUUCUGUACCGUAUGCACUAUGCCGAGGACUUUAAGAUUGCAAACCACAACCAGUUCAAGAACGGCGCUUACGUCACCAACGUCCUUACUCAGGAUCACCGCGACCAAGUUGAGCGCGCCGCCAAAGAACGCGAGGUCCUGUCCGCCGUGUGGCAGGAAGUGACUGAGAGCUCUAAGCUCAAAUUCUCUAGCUCUACAUGCCUAGGCAUGGCAAAGGAGUCUGCACUAGAGCUCUGCCUCGAGACUGUCGAAACCUUCCACGAGACUCUUGACAGGGUCUCAGAUGACAAGGAGUAUGAGAUUUAUAACGGGGAUACAGAAGAUGUUCAUCACCAUCAGGCCCGCCAGCUGUUGCAUAUUGCAGCCCGAGCUGCUGCCAACUGGGAACCUCGACAGCCUGGAUCUUCUGACAAUAUUCUUGUUGUGUACUGUGAAGACAUGCUCCGACGCCGUAGGAACGAGAUCCGCAAGCAGAACGCAGAACUGCGACAGCAGCUUGAGGCCAUUCUCGGAGAUACUCGUGGAGGGCAAGUCGGAAUGGGUAGCGAUGGUGAGAGCGAAUAUGACAGUGACGAUGAGUCUGAGGAUUCUGAAGAUUCUGAUCUUCCUAUGUUUGGCCACUACAACUAA